AUUGCUCAAACCUAAUGGUCAUGUUUCGCAACAACUCCUUCACAUAAUCUAAACUUUCUUGUCCACCGAAGUGGGCAACAACACCACAUAUCUAUCUAUAUCUAAACUUUCUCUAUAUAUUUACACGCAAUCGUUUAUCCAUUGAAGCUUCUUUAAUUAUCAUUAUCCAUCUGUAUGCAUGUAUGUGCCAUUUUUUUCUUUUGAAAAUUCACUGCUCUAUGAAUUGAAUUCUGUUGGAAACACAGAGAGGAUUUGAGAUUUUUGUCAUUUUUUUUCCAUGUGAAAUUUCACAUCUUUUCUUGUUGUUGAGUGUGUGAAAAAGUUUUGAACUCGAAAAGAGUGAAAUUUCACGCUUAGAGUGGGCCGAACAUGGCGGCUGCAUUUGUGGGAGAAGACUUGGGGUCGUUGAGCAGGCGGUUGAGUGUUGGUUCGCUCAGCCGGAGGAGUUGGGCCUCGGUCAGUCUCCGGGAAGUGUGGAGUGCUGGCGGGACCGACGUGUUCCAUAGGAGCAAGAGGGAGGAUGAUGAGGAGGAGCUCAAGUGGGCCGCCAUCGAGCGUCUCCCGACCCUUGAUAGAGUGAGGAAAGGAAUUUUGAAGCAAGUUUUGGAUAAUGGAAGGGUAGUCCAUGAAGAAGUUGAUGUUGCACACCUUGGAAUUCAAGAUAAGAAACAUCUCAUGGAGGGCAUACUCAAAGCUGCGGAAACUGAUAAUGAAAGGUUUCUUCAAAGGCUCCGAGCCCGGACCGAUAGAGUUGGAAUUGAUAUCCCAAAAGUUGAAGUCCGGUUUGAGAAUUUAUCCAUAGAAGGAGAUGUAUAUGUUGGUUCAAGGGCACUUCCCACUCUGCUAAAUUCUACUUUGAAUGCAAUACAGGACCUUCUUGGAUUAAUAAAGCUUCUACCAUCUAAGAAAAGGGUUAUCAAGAUACUCCAAGAUGUGAGCGGAAUUGUGAAGCCAUCGAGGAUGACAUUACUGCUGGGGCCUCCAGGCUCUGGAAAGACCACAUUGCUCAAGGCACUUGCUGGAAAGAUGGACAGGGAUUUAAGGGCGACAGGAAAGAUAACAUAUUGUGGUCAUGAAAUGUUUGAGUUUAUUCCUCAGAGAACCUCUGCGUAUAUUAGCCAACAUGAUCUUCACUAUGGUGAGAUGACAGUGAGAGAGACAUUGGAUUUCGCAGGACGUUGUUUGGGAGUUGGAACUAGAUAUGAACUGCUUAUAGAAUUGUCGAGGAGAGAAAAAAAUGCAGGAAUUAAACCAGACCCUGAAAUCGAUGCAUUCAUGAAAGCCAUUGCCAUGGCUGGCCAAGAAUCUAGUUUGGUGACAGACUAUGUCAUCAAGAUCCUUGGAUUGGAUAUCUGUGCUGAUAUUUUCGUGGGUGAUGAGAUGAGGAGGGGUAUUUCUGGUGGACAAAAGAAGCGACUCACAACUGGAGAAAUGUUGGUUGGACCAGCGAAAGUGUUUUUCAUGGAUGAAAUCUCAACCGGUCUUGAUAGUUCAACCGCUUUCCAAAUUACAAAAUACAUGAGGCAGAUGGUUCAUAUCAUGGAUGUAACAAUGAUAGUGUCUCUUCUACAACCUGCACCUGAAACUUAUGAUCUUUUCGAUGACAUCAUUCUUCUUUCAGAGGGUCAAAUUGUCUACCAAGGUCCAUGUGAGAAUGUUCUCGAUUUCUUUGAGAGAGUGGGAUUCAAAUGCCCAGAAAGAAAAGGAGUUGCAGACUUUCUCCAAGAAGUUACUUCUAAAAAGGACCAAGAACAGUAUUGGUUCAAAAAAGAUGAGCCUUACCGGUGUAUUUCAGUACCUGAAUUCGUGCAACGUUUUCACUCUUUGGACAUUGGGCAAAAGCUUUAUGAUGAACUUGGAACUCCUUAUGACAAAAAUAAAGCCCAUCCUGCUGCACUGGUGACCAAAAAGUAUGGUAUCUCCAGCAAAGACCUCUUCAAGGCGUGCUUGGCGAGGGAAUGGUUGUUGAUGAAACGCAACUCUUUCCUAUACAUAUUCAAGACUACCCAGAUCACAAUUAUGUCAAUAAUUGCUUUCACUGUGUUCUUUAGAACAGAAAUGAAAUCGGGUCAACUACAAGAUGGAAGUAAAUUUUAUGGUGCACUAUUUUUCAGUCUUAUGAACGUGAUGUUUAAUGGGAUGACUGAGCUCGCCUUGACUACCAUGUCGCUUCCUGUAUUCUUUAAACAAAGAGAUUCCUUGUUUUUCCCAGCAUGGGCUUUUGCUGUACCAAUUUGGCUUCUUCGUAUCCCUGUCUCAGCUUUGGAAACAGGAAUAUGGCUCAUUCUCACAUAUUAUACUAUCGGAUUUGCUCCAGCUGCUAGUAGGUUUUUUCGCCAAUUGUUGGUAUUAUUUGGUGUGCAUCAGGCAGCCUUGUCUCUCUUCCGUUUCAUUGCAGCCUUGGCAAGAAAAAUGAUUGUUGCAACCACUUUGGGUACCUUCGUGUUGCUAAUUGUUUUUGUCCUCGGUGGAUUCAUUGUUGCCAAAAAUGACCUUCCACCAUGGAUGAUAUGGGGCUAUUAUAUAUCUCCUAUGACAUAUGGACAAAAUGCCAUAUCAAUGAAUGAAUUUCUCGAUAAAAGAUGGAGCAUGCGAAAUAACGACACGAGAUUUCUUGAGCAUACAGUUGGAAAGGUUCUUCUCAAGGCUAGGGGCAUGUUUGUGGAUGAAUAUAUGUUUUGGGUUUGUGUCGCUGCACUCUUUGGAUUCUCUGUGCUCUUCAAUAUCUGCUUUAUAGCAGCACUGACCUUUUUGAAUCCUUUAGCUGAAUCUAAAUCACUUGUUGUGGAUGAGGAUGAUAAAAGUAAGAAAAAGAAGUGUCUAUUCUCUAAGAAAGAUAGGAGUUCAGAAUCAGCAGUCCCAUCUUUUGAAGGUAUCAAUAUGGUAGUGAGGAAUACAAGAGACACCAAGUUAAAUGACAAAGAUGUUGCAACCGGGAGAAGAGGAAUGGUCCUUCCUUUCACGCCUUUAUCACUUGCAUUCGAUCAUGUGAAUUACUAUGUCGAUAUGCCUUCUGAAAUGAAGAGCAAGGGAAUUGAAGAGACUCGUCUCCAACUGUUGCGAGAUGCCAGUGGUGCUUUCAGGCCUGGUAUCCUAACAGCAUUGGUUGGUGUGACUGGUGCUGGAAAGACCACCUUGAUGGAUGUCCUUGCAGGAAGAAAAACAGGAGGCUACAUUGAAGGAAGUAUCAGCAUUUCCGGCUAUCCAAAGAAUCAAACAACUUUUGCUCGCGUUAGCGGUUACUGUGAACAGACUGAUAUCCAUUCCCCACAUGUUACUGUUUAUGAAUCCAUUGUUUACUCUGCUUGGUUGCGCCUAGCCCCGGAUGUAAAUAAGGAAACACGAAAGAUGUUUGUUGAGGAAGUAAUGGAGUUAGUUGAGUUGACCCUAAUAAAGGAUUUUCUUGUUGGCCUUCCUGGAGUAGAUGGUCUUUCAACUGAACAGAGAAAGAGGCUCACCAUAGCCGUAGAGCUAGUUGCCAAUCCGUCUAUCAUUUUCAUGGAUGAGCCAACAUCAGGCCUUGAUGCUAGAGCUGCUGCAAUUGUGAUGCGAACUGUGAGAAACACUGUGGACACAGGCAGAACUGUUGUUUGCACCAUUCAUCAGCCAAGCAUAGACAUUUUUGAAUCUUUUGAUGAGCUCUUGUUGAUGAAGAGAGGAGGGCAAGUCAUUUAUGCUGGGCCUCUUGGUCGGAAUUCUCACUUGCUAGUAGAGUAUUUUGAAUCUAUCCCCGGGGCACCCAAAAUUAAAGAUGGUGUUAAUCCUGCUACAUGGAUGCUAGAGGUCACUGCUUCUUCAGUUGAGGCGCAACUUGGUGUGGAUUUUGCAGAAAUCUUUGCCAAAUCUGAUUUGUAUCAGAGGAAUCAGGAACUCAUAAAAAAUCUGAGCAUGCCAGCACCAGGGUCCCAGGACCUAUAUUUUCCUACUAAAUACUCACAACCAUUCAUUACUCAAUGCAAGGCUUGCUUCUGGAAACAGCAUUGGUCCUACUGGAGGAAUCCACAAUACAAUGCCACUCGCUUUCUCAUGACAACCGCUAUCGGUAUUAUAUUUGGAUUUAUUUUCUGGAAAAAAGGAGAACAAACGCACAAACAACAAGACCUUACGAAUCUACUCGGAGCUAUGUAUGUUGCUGUCAUGUUUCUCGGAGGAACAAAUACUUCAGGAGUGCAGACUAUCGUGGCAAUCGAAAGAGCAGCGUUCUAUCGUGAAAGAGCAGCGGGGAUGUAUUCAGAAAUGCCUUAUGCAUUGGCUCAUGUGGCAAUAGAGACCAUCUAUGUUGCAAUCCAAACUUUCAUUUAUAGUCUUAUCAUUUACUCAAUGAUUGGAUUCCAUUGGCAAGCCGGCAAAUUCUUGUGGUUUUACUUCUAUGUAAUGAUGUGCUUUGUCUACUUCACAUUAUACGGGAUGAUGCUCGUAGCACUCACUCCAAGUUACCAAAUUGCUGCCAUCUGCAUGACCUUCUUUAUGAACUUCUGGAAUCUGUUCUCUGGAUUCAUGAUUGCCAGGACGCAAAUCCCAAUAUGGUGGAGGUGGUACUACUGGGCUUCACCUGUGGCGUGGAGUAUCUAUGGCCUCGUGACGUCUCAGAUGGGCAAGAACAUGGAUAAAGUUGAAAUACCAGGUGAAGAUUCUAUCACCGUGAAGGCUUACCUUGAGAAGUUCUUGGGCUAUGAUUAUAAUUUCCUUGGAGUUGUAGCUGCGGUUCAUGUUGGUUGGGUCAUUCUCUUCUUCUUCGUCUUUUCCUAUGGCAUCAAGUUUCUUAACUUCCAAAGGCGAUAAUUCAGAAACCUUAGAACUUGAGAAGUUUUUAAGGUACUAUUUUAGAACUUGAGAAUAUUUUUGUACGUAACUCUGCAAGCAUAUAU